CGAGGACCCGAGGACCGCGGAGGGGCGAGUGCAGCGCGACGCUUCCACCCAGAAUCCGCUUUCAAACCUUAGGGAGCCUUCUUUGCCAUUGAAAUGCAAAUCCGGUCCUGAGCGCCCGGGCCAAUCCCGGAGGCUUCCUGUGGGAUUACCUGGUGGCGAGCGAGCGCCGAGCCGGCGCGGCCCCUCGGGUGCGGCGGGCGCUGGGUGGACUGCGCGGGCCCGGGCGGGAGGCCAGGCGAGGCGGGCGAACGCCCCGCACCUUCGGCGCCCGGCGCGGGACCGGCGUCCUCCAGCCGCGCGCCCCCGGCCCGCCGUGCCGCCGUAGCCGGGGCGCGGUGGCGCGGGGCGCGGCCCGGCUGCCCAUUGUUGAGCGCGUUGGGCCCCGCCGGCGAUGCCCCGCGCCGCCUCCUCGGAGCGGCGGCGAAGUUUGAACUUGGCGUCGGCCUGGAGCCCCGUGCAGUGCGGGGGCGGCGGCCGCGAGGCGAGCGGCGAUGAGAUGUGUGUGCAGACCCAGGCCAUGCAGAUACUGGUGACUCUAACUUCCUCAGCUCGGAACACCUCACCUCUGGCCCCCAGCACAGGAAAGCAGCGUGGUCAGGAGGGGUUAAACUUCGGCUGAAGCACAGGCGCAGUGAGCCUGCAGGCCGACCUCACUCGUGGCACACAACUAAGUUUGGGGAGAACCAACCUGAUGCCAGCAUGAUGCAGAUAUCUCAGGGCAUGAUUGGCCCUCCUUGGCACCAAAGCUACCAUUCCAGCUCCUCUACAAGUGAUCUCUCCAACUAUGACCAUGCCUAUCUAAGGCGGAGCCCUGACCAGUACAGCUCCCAGGGGAGCAUGGAGAGCCUGGAGCCCAGUGGGGCAUACCCACCCUGCCAUCUUUCCCCUGCCAAGUCCACCGGCAGCAUUGACCAGCUCAGUCACUUCCAUAACAAGAGAGACUCGGCUUACAGCUCUUUCUCCACCAGUUCUAGCAUCCUAGAGUAUCCACCCCCUGGCAUCUCUGGCCGGGAGCGUUCAGGCUCCAUGGACACAACUUCUGCUCGAGGUGGUCUCUUCGAAGGGAUGAGGCAGGCAGAUAUUCGCUAUGUGAAGACAGUCUAUGACACCCGGAGGGGAGUCUCAGCAGAGUAUGAGGUGAACUCUUCAGCCCUGCUGCUUCAAGGUAGGGAGGCCCGAGCCUCAGCAGAUGGUCAGGGCUAUGAUAAAUGGUCUAAUAUUCCUCGGGGCAAGGGAGUGCCACCCCCAUCCUGGAGCCAGCAGUGCCCCAGUUCCUUGGAGACUGCCACUGACAACCUUCCUCCUAAAGUGGGUGCACCCCUGCCUCCAGCUCGGAGUGAUAGUUACGCAGCCUUUCGGCACCGAGAGCGGCCCAGCUCCUGGUCUAGCCUUGAUCAGAAACGGCUCUGCCGGCUUCAGGCAAACUCUUUAGGCUCCCUGAAGUCUCCAUUCAUAGAGGAGCAGCUGCAUCCUGUGCUGGAGAAGAGUCCAGAGAACAGCCCCCCAGUGAAGCCCAAGCAUAAUUAUACCCAGAAGGCCCAACCUGGCCAACCUCUGCUGCCGACCAGCAUCUACCCGGUACCGUCCCUGGAGCCACACUUUGCCCAGGUGCCCCAGCCUUCUGUGAGUAGCAACGGGACUCUCUACCCUGCACUGGCCAAGGAGAGUGGCUACAUAGCCGCUCAGGGAGCGUGCAACAAGAUGGCUGCCAUUGAUGAGAAUGGGAACCAGAAUGGAUCUAGCAGGCCUGCGUUUGCCUUCUGCCAGCCCUUAGAACAUGACUUGCUGUCUCCGGUAGAGAAGAAGCCAGAAGCUACAGCCAAGUAUGUCCCCUCCAAAGUCCGUUUUUCUUCGGUGCCUGAAAAUGAGGAGGAUGCCUCCCUGAAGAGACAUCUCACACCUCCCCAAGGCAGCAGCCCACAUCCCAAUGAGAGAAAGGGCACCCACAGCAACAGACCAUCUUCUCAUCCCCACAGCCUCAAAUGCCCUCAGGCCCAGGCCUGGCAAGCGGGUGAAGACAGAUCUUCCAGGCUCUCAGAGCCUUGGGAGGGUGAUUUCCAGGAAGACCACAAUGCCAACCUCUGGAGGCGGCUGGAGAGAGAAGGCCCAGGCCAGGGUCUAUCAGGCAACUUCGGCAAGACCAAGUCAGCCUUCUCAUCUCUCCAGAACAUUCCUGAGAGUCUGAGAAGACACAGCAGCCUGGAGCUAGGCCGAGGAGCCCAGGAGAGUUACCCCGGGGGCAGGCCCACCUGCGCAGUCAACACCAAGGCGGAAGACCCUGGGAGGAAAGCUCUUCCUGACUUCGGGAGCCAUGUGGACGGGCAUGUUUCCUACCCACGGCCCGAGGGGAGGGCUGGUGCCUCGGCCUCUUUCCACAGCGCAGACCCAGGGCCCGAAGAGCCGCCCUCCCCGUCGCACCCGCGCACAUCCAGUCUCGGCCGGAGGGGGCCCGGCCCGGGCAGCGCUUCGGCUCUGCAAGGCUUUCAGUACGGGAAGCCCCACUGCUCGGUGCUGGAGAAGGUCUCCAAAUUCGAGCAGCGAGAGCAAGGGAGCCAGAGACCGAGUGUGGGCGGCCCCGGUUUUGGUCAUAACUACAGGCCCCGCAGGGCCGUCUCAACUUCCAGUACUUCUGGGAAUGACUUCGAGGAGACAAAAGCCCGCAUGCGUUUCUCUGAGUCAGUGGAAGCCCUAGGCAAUGGGGAGCAGCACUUCAAAAACAGGGAGCCGAAGCUGGAGGAGGCCUCCCGGCAGCCCUGCGGUCAGCAGCCGAGCGGAGGAGCCGUGGACAGCGGCCGCGGCCCCCAGAGGCCGGACGCUCGCCUCCUCCGCAGCCAGAGCACCUUCCAGCUCUCCAGCGAGCCCGAGAGGGAGGCCGAGUGGCGGGACAGGCCCGGCUCGCCCGAGUCGCCCCUGCUGGAUGCCCCCUUCAGCCACGCCUACCGGAACAGCAUCAAGGACGCACAGUCCCGCGUUUUGGGGGCCACUUCCUUUCGACGCCGGGACCUGGAGCUAGGGGCGCCCGCGGCGUCGAGGCCCUGGCGGCCACGGCCCUCCUCGGCCCAUGUGGGGCUGCGGAGCCCCGAGGCGCCGGCCUCCGCCUCCCCGCACACGCCCCGGGAGCGGCACAGCGUGACCCCGGCAGAGGGCGACCUGGCCAGGCCCGCGCCCCCUGCCGCCCGGAGAGGGGCUCGCCGGCGUCUGACCCCCGAGCAGAAGAAGCGCUCCUACUCGGAGCCGGAGAAGAUGAACGAGGUGGGGGUCGCGGAGGAGGCCGAACCGGCACCCCUGGGCGCCCAGAGGAAGGGGAUGCGUUUCCCGGAGAGCAGCGUAGCCGACCGGCGCCGCCUCUUUGAGCGUGAUGGCAAGGCCUGCUCCACGCUCAGCCUGUCCGGGCCCGAGCUGAAGCAGUUCCAGCAGAGCGCCCUGGCCGACUACAUCCAGCGCAAGACAGGCAAGUGGCCCGGCUCCGCCUCCGGCAGUGGCCUCCACGAGCCUGGGCCACUGCGCGAGCGCGCCCAGAGCGCAUACCUCCAGCCCGGCCCUGCGGCGCCUGAAGGCCCCGGCCUCGCCUCGGCCUCCAGCCUGAGCUCGCUGCGGGAGCCCAGCCUGCAGCCCCGUAGGGAGGCCACGCUCCUGCCGGCCACUGUUGCAGAAACCCCGCAGGCUCCCCGAGAUCGCAGCAGCUCCUUCGCUGGUGGCCGCCGCCUCGGGGAACGGCGACGCGGGGACCUCCUCAGUGGAGCAAACGGUGGAACAAGGGACACCCAGAGGGUGGAUGAGACCCCCAGGGAGCCACCCUCCUGGGGGGCUAGGGCCGGGAAGUCCAUGUCGGCAGAGGACCUGCUGGAACGCUCGGAUGUCCUCGCCGUCCCUGUCCACGUGAGGUCCAGGUCAUCUCCCGCCACCGCAGACAAGCGCCAGGAUGUGCUUUUGGGGGAAGAAAACGGCUUUGAUCUUAUCAAGGAUCAAUGUUAUUUGGCUGGCCCUGGAUCUAGGUCACUCUGUUCAGAAAGAGGCCAAGAAGAGAAGCCGUUGCUCUCCCACCAUCCCACCCCUCGUUGGGGUGGUUCAGGCUGCAAAGCCAUCGGUGAUUCCUCCGUUCCUAGUGAAUGUCCUGGAACUCCGGACCAUCAGAGGCAAGCCAGCAGGACACCCUGCCCCAGGUCACCACUGGCAGAAACACAAGGGCAGCUCACAGACACCAGGGCUACACCUCUGACCCCACUUGGCACCCCUGUGCCUUCAGCCGUUCCCUCUGGCUACUGCUCACAGGAUGGUCAGACAGAGCGACAGCUUCUUCUGCCCUUCACCCCUGCCAUGACCCACAGAAGCAAUGGUCAUACCCUGACCCAGCCUCCAGGUCCAAGAGGCUGUGAGGGCGACGGCCCAGAGCAUGGGGUAGAAGAGGGAAUGAGGAAGAGGGUCUCGUUGCCUCAGCGGCCGGCUCCUUCUCGAGUGAAGUGGGCCCACACAGCCAGAGAAGACAGCCUUCCUGAGGAAUCCUCAGCUCCUGAGUUUGCAGACCUCAAGCACUAUCAAAAACAGCAAAGUCUUCCAAGUUCAUGCAGCACUUCCGACCCAGACACGCCUGUUGGGGCCCCAAGCACUCCAGGGAGGAUCUCCCUCCGAAUAUCUGAGUCCAUCCUGUGGGACUCCCCAUCACCUCGUGAGGAUUGUGACGACGAAGUGUUUAUGAGGGAUCUGCACCCCAAGGCCAUAUCCAGCCCCACAUUUGAAACUCUUCCCCCACCCCCACCUCCUCCACUGAGUCAGGAAACCCCGAUAUAUAGCACGGAUGACUUCCCUCCACCUCCUCCCCACGCUGUGUGUGAGGCACAGCUGGACAGUGAGGACCCCGAGGGGCCACAUCCCAGCUCCAACAAACUUUCUAAGGUGACAAUUGCAAGGGAAAGGCAUGUGCCUGAUGCAGCCCAUGUGGUAGGUAGUCAGACACUGGCUUCCAGACUCCAGACUUCUAUCAAGGGUUCAGAGGCUGAAUCCAAACCACCUUCCAUCAUGAGUGUGCAGCCCCAACUUGCUGGGUCUUGUGGGCAGCCAGCACCCACCCAGACUCAAAGCCUCACCCAUGAUCCAGUCAAUGGAACUCAGGGUUUAGAAAAGAAAGUCAGUUCUGAUCCUCAGAAGAGCUCAGAAGACAUUAGAACAGAGGCUCUCGCCAAGGAAAUUGUCCACCAAGACAAAUCUCUAGCAGACAUUCUGGAUCCAGACUCCAGGCUGAAGACAACGAUGGACCUGAUGGAAGGUUUAUUUCCCCGAGAUGUGAACUUGCUGAAGGAAAACAGUGUAAAGAGGAAGGCCAUACAGAGAACUGUCAGCUGCUCAGGAUGUGAAGGCAAAAGGAAUGAAGACAAGGAAGCAGUGGGCAUGUUGGUCAACUGCCCUGCCUAUUACAGUGUGUCUGCUCCCAAGGCUGAGCUGCUGAACAAAAUCAAAGAAAUGCCAGCAGAAGUAAAUGAGGAAGAGGAACAAGUGGAUGUCAAUGAAAAGAAGGCUGAGCUCAUUGGAAGCCUCACCCACAAGCUGGAGACCCUCCAGGAGGCGAAGGGGAGCCUGCUCAUGGACAUCAAGCUCAACAAUGCCCUGGGAGAAGAGGUGGAGGCUCUGAUCAGCGAGCUCUGCAAGCCCAAUGAGUUUGACAAGUACAGGAUGUUCAUAGGGGACUUGGACAAGGUGGUCAACCUGCUACUCUCCCUCUCGGGGCGUCUGGCCCGUGUUGAGAACGUCCUUAGUGGCCUUGGUGAAGAUGCCAGUAAUGAAGAAAGGAGCUCUCUCUACGAGAAAAGGAAGAUCCUGGCUGGGCAGCACGAGGACGCCCGGGAGCUGAAGGAGAACCUGGAUCGCAGGGAGCGGGUGGUGCUGGGCAUCCUGGCCAGUUACCUUUCUGAGGAGCAGCUCCAGGACUACCAGCACUUCGUGAAAAUGAAGUCCACACUCCUUAUCGAGCAGCGGAAGCUGGACGACAAGAUCAAGCUGGGCCAGGAGCAGGUCAAGUGUCUGCUGGAGAGCCUGCCCUCGGAUUUCAUUCCCAAGGCCGGGGGCCUGGCUCUGCCCCCAGACCUCACGAGUGAGCCCACUCCUACCGGGGGCUGUACUUUCGGUGGUAUUUUCCCAACAUUAACCUCUCCACUUUAACCUCUUCUAAAAUACCCAACCAAAAGAUGACUGUUUCUAUCAACACUAUUUAAUCUGAAAAAUGUUUCAGUACAAACCACUGUUUGAACUAUCUGGGUUAUUGGUGUUUGUUCUGGACGAAAGGAAAAAAAUUCUCUCCAAGAGGAAGCCUGUUUUUUCCUUCUUGCCCUUCCUGAUUGAUCUUCUCAGAGCUCGAAAGCUGCUGGACACAUCCCCCUUUCUAUUAUUACUUUGUAGUAGAAAGUAAGUUAAUGAAACAGAACCGACUGGAGGGUGUUUGAUUGUUUAGUUUUUAACAGGCUGAGGCAACAUGGAUCCGUGUGUGUCCCCCUCAGGAAUGUAUCCACAGUGGCCUUCCUUGCUGGUGGGCAGUGUAUCCUGAUGGCAGGGUACAAGUACCAUUAAUGAAGGGUCUGCAACAUAAAGCCUUAAAAAGACACACACUAAGAAGAAAUUGUAAAACCUUGAACAUUGUUAUUUAUAUUUUUUAAAAUGGAAACGAUCAUUGUUGUGCUAACCACUUAUUUGAUUCUGUUUUGUGGUGGACGUAGAUAAUUACGUUUGAGCUUUGUAUUUUGUGAAAACCUUAAUGAAAUGAAUUCCAAAGACAGUCACAUUGAGCGUGAAGACUUUUUUUUUUCUUGCAUUCCUGACUUGUCUUAUUUUUCCAAACAUGAGCAGGCAUUCUGCACUUCACUGGACUUAGUAUGGGGGAGUCCUCCCGGGCUCUUCUCCUAUGUCACACCUUCCCCAGAGGAAGGCCUGGUGCACUGCGGUUACUGCAUCGUUUCCUAGUGCUUCAUGUCAUUAUCACUGGUGGGGAAACAAAGCUAAAUUUUACUAGCAAAGACAACAACUCUCAGACCUAUGUAAUAGGAAGAGGAAGUCCAGAAUCCAAGCCAAUUCAAAACGGAACCCAUGCUGUUCUGAACACAAUUUGGACUAAAUACGGCCUGUUUAUUGAGGCUUUUUCAUGAUGCUUU